UUUAUUACGUGCUUUACUCUCCGAGGCAAAAUGUCAGCGUUACAGUUAAAAGUUACAUUGUGAAGACUGCAGACCGAGCUGCUUUUCACGCGUGCCCAGGGAAUGCUGAAGGAUCAGUCGUGUCUUACAGGCGGGUAAUAUUAUUAGCCCUUCAGACAGUGCAACUAUAUCUCUGGUAACCAUUCAUCCAUGUGUGAUCUUACUUGAAACAUUACAUGACAGAUUUGACAAAAACUAUUGUCCAGUGUCAUCAGUAUACUGUUUCCCAUGCCGACUCUCCUGUACCACACCUCCCACCUCCUCACUCAGCCCAGCUAUGCCUCGUACUCCCAAACCAGCCAAUAAAUCAUCAUGUGAAUCCAGAAACAAAAAUGUCAGGGGUGUGAAACCUUUCAUAACUACAAGACAAACAGCAAACUCACGCAAAGCUAAUUGCUCAGCCACUCUCAGGAGUCAAGAUGAGAUCAGGAAGUCCACAGACAAACAACAGGCAGCCAAGGGGUCCCAGAGGAGUGCUGUCAGCAAGCCCGGCAAGAGGAGAGUCAAGACUGCCCCAGUUGUUGAAGUAUCCAGACGUACGCGUGCUUCUUUAACCGAAAAUGGCUUGUCAAACCGUAAUGGCCAAGGGAAGCCACCUCGCAAUAGUCGGUUGUGUCAGAGCGUCCUACAGGAAGUUGAGUCUCAUACGAGGGUGCUUACACGGAGAAGGGGAGGUCAGCAGAACAGAGGACAGGAUACUGUCUCUAAAAGGCUCAAACUUCAUGAUCUUAAUAGUGAUGGGCAACAAAAGAUCGCUCAGGGACUGACCAUUAACAUAAGGUCGGAGGAAACUGCGGAGGAGCACAGAGAGACGGUUGUUCUCGACACUGACAAGGCAGAGGAGAAGGUAAAGGCAAACACAGAAACUGUACAAAAUGAAAGAUGCUGUGCUCCUACUGAUACAGAAGUUGCGCUUGUUGAGCAGUGUGACCCGUUAGAGCACAAACCCGUCAAUAACGUGGACAUUGCCUACAAUGCUGAUAUCUCAGGCCCAACCGUUCCCUCCCCUUUACUGUCAGAUAUGUAUGAUUCAGGUCAGGCUAAUGAGGUCAACGAAAUUGUUAACCAACAUACUGACUUUUCUCACAAUUCUUGUGAAACCACUUCAGAAACCUCUACAGAAGUAGAUGAGACCGUAACCUCACUUGUUUGUCAAUCCCCUAAAGAAUCACCAGCACUUGAAAACAUCACAAAUGCUCCCCAGGUAGGAAAAAUAGAGUUGCAAAGCAAUGUAGACGUGGACACUAAAGAUGAAAUUGACGAUGCUGAAAUGUUAAUGAAGAAAGAAGGAGCGCUUUCUCUCCUCUCUUUGAGCACAACCAUUAACAACAGAACUCUUUGUGACAAAGACGUGGCAACAACGUCUUUCAACGGCUCGCUCUCCAAUAACACAGAGAGCACCCACUCCUCAUUUGACAGCGAAGCAGAGUUGGUUCUGGUGCACAGAACCUCAGGAAACACUCCUCUCCUGGUUGAGGAUAUUCAGCUGCGUUUACUUAAAGUUCAAGAGAGGAGAGACAGAAAAAAGAGAAGUCAUUGUGGUGUUUGUGUGACCUGCCUGCGCAAGAUCAACUGUGGGGAAUGCAGCAGUUGCCUGAACCGAAAAACAGGACAUGAGAUCUGUAAGCUUAGAAAAUGUAUCGAGCUGAGGAAAAAGCCCUUAAUGAUCUGUACGGGAGAGGUUGAGUCAGAGGCAAACUCAGUAAAUGGCACAGGCUCAGAGCAGAUGGAGGAGACCAGUGUGGCACCAGAGGAAGAGGAGCAUUACAUAUCCCAAAUACACAAUAUCCCUGAUUUUCCCACUCCUCUCCAGCAUGGCCAGGCAUCAGCUCAUCCUGAAAAGCAGCCCUGGACAACUGAUAGCAAAGAUGUCCUUCUGAUCUCUCAAAGCUCUCUAAAUGGUGGUGAACACAUGAAACCAAACACUGAGAAAUAUGUGGAACUGUCCUCUAGAACUAAACCCAUGUUAAGCAAAACUCAUGAACCCGAGGCACUUCUAGAAAAGACAGUUCCUCUAAAGAAGAUAAAACUGGAGGAGCAAUCGGUUGAGAUCGAUAACCAACACUCAAGGCACUUAGAGACUAUCGGGUGCCAUGAGGAUGCUUUAUCCACUCUUGCAUCUGUAGUCUGCUUCUCUAGUAAAAGUAGAAAAGAUCUUGAGGAGAAGCAUUUUAGGCCUCAGACCUCAGAUAUCUGUUCUUUGAAAAUUGAGCCGAAAGAAGAACCACAUCAGUGUCAGUCAAUUCAAGAAGAACCAGCAAAACCUCCUCAGCAAGAUAACAUUGCACUAUCUUUACCCAGUGUCCAGUCUCUGGUCCAGCAAAGGAAUAUUAGUGUUGAUCAGGCAAUAGCUAUUGAGGCCUUGACCCAACUGGCAGCUACCCCACAAACGGUGUCCUUCAAAACAGAAGACCAGGGCACUCAGCAAGACAACCCAAUGUCUACAUACUCCACUUCAAGCAACCACAAAUAUCCUCUGGAGGCUAAAUCAGUUUCAGAUGUUUUCUCUAACAAGGUCUCCGUAAUUAGUUCAUCAUUGCAUCAGACGUCUGUCAUCUGCAGCCCUUUGAAUAGGCAGGUCAACUCCACACAAAGUCAUCACUGUGCAUCUACUCCCAGAAAGCUUUCUUUGAAGGAUCUUCUGGUAGCUAGCUCAGAAUGUGAAAAGCUAUCAUUUACCACAGAGAGCCAAAGAUAUGGCCAAGCACUUUGUAAAAUUGACAGGUUAGAAGGCACUUUCAAGAAAUCCAAACAUGGUGAAGGGACACCUAUCUCAAGAAAGAGGGAUGAGGAGGAAGUUGCUGCUCAAUUGGUGCAACUUGCAUCCAUGAUCCAAUCGAGACAGUCGAAGCAAGUCUCUGAAAACAGUCCCCCGAAAGGCUUGCCAGCUCAGACUAUGAAAUACGAUAAUGUUUUAGGGGAGCGCUUGAAAAAACAAAGAAAACCUAGAACGACACCUUCAAACCCCAGAAUUUCCAAGAAGAAAGCUGGUGAGGUUGAGGACAACCAUUGUAGGAUUCCAUUGGCCAGGAAGACACCCAACAAAAAGACCCCACUCAAGGACAUCAUCCAGAAAGCCAUUUUGCAACAAAAAAUGAGGUUUCAGCACAAAAGCAGUAAAUUUCUUCCACAAGCUCAGAUUGACCUGAAAAAAUACAUUGCGGAAGCUCACCGUGAGAACAGGCAGCACUUAUAUUAUAGCAACUCUCUGAAGAAAGAGCACUUAGACUUUGAAACUAUCACAGGUUCUGGGAAACAGAAUGGCAUUCACUUUAAACAUGUGUAUGGUGACAACUCUGUAUUGCCACCAAAUGGACUCUUUCACAAUCAUAUGAAUGAGCAUCUUGGUGCUAGCCAGUGGAGGAAGCAUGAAUGUGAACAACACAUGAUAUCUCAGGUAUCGAAAACCUACGAUGUGCUGAAUCAUGGUGCUAAACAACAACCUCAACAUACGAUGCUCAGUGUACCUUGUAAAGACUUGCCACAAAGCCCAGGUUUGAACCAUAAAGCAAACAGUUUUAACUAUAAUCAACACUUGCAAACAAAUCUAAAUGGACAUUACAAAGUAGAGAAGUCUGGUGAUGUCACUGUGCUGUCCACAUCUGAGGUACAUUUGGGAAAUGGUGACUUUCCGUACACUGGAGAACAGACUCCCACCAAGCACACUCUAAACAGCUUUUUGGAGUCUCCAAUGAGGUUUUUGGACACACCAACCAAAAAUUUGCUCAACACCCCCUCCAAACAAUCCACAGAACUGCCCUCCUGUGACUGUAUGGAACAAAUUAUUGAGAAAGAGGAGGGUCCAUACUACACUCACCUUGGAUCUGGCCCGAAUGUAGCAGCAGUGAGAGAGAUGAUGGAGAACAGGUAUGGUGAGAAAGGCAAUGCAGUCCGUGUGGAGGUUGUGGUGUAUACUGGCAAGGAGGGGCGGAGCUCGCAGGGUUGCCCAAUCGCCAAGUGGAUCAUACGUCGUGGAAGUGUGGAAGAGAAGUUGUUGUGUCUUGUGCGGCAGCGUGCUGGUCACUGUUGUCAGAACGCAGUGGUUGUCAUUCUGAUCCUGGCCUGGGAGGGGAUCCCACACAGUGUGGCCGACAGCCUGUACCAGGAGCUCACACAGACUCUCUGCAAAUAUGGCACGCCCACUAGCCGCCGAUGUGCCCUCAAUGAAGAUCGUACCUGUGCAUGUCAGGGUCUGGAUCCAGAGACCUGCGGUGCCUCCUUCUCAUUUGGUUGCUCCUGGAGUAUGUAUUUCAAUGGCUGCAAGUUUGCACGCAGCAAAACGCCCCGGAAGUUCAGACUGCAGGGAGACUACCCUCAGGAGGAGGAGAAGUUGGAGAGGUAUCUGCAGAAUCUGGCCACAGAUUUGGCCCCCGUUUACAGAAAACUGGCUCCUGAGGCCUUUCAGAACCAGGUUGAGCAAGAGCAGCAGGGGCCGAACUGUAGGCUGGGGAGGAGGGAAGGUCGACCAUUCGCUGGUGUGACUGCAUGUGUGGACUUCUGUGCUCAUGCUCACAGAGACACACAUAACAUGACCAAUGGAAGCACUGUGGUAUGCACUUUAACCAAGGAGGAUAACCGUGCAGUACGGAACAUUCCAGAGGACGAGCAGCUGCAUGUCCUGCCUCUCUAUAAGAUAUCUGACACGGAUGAGUUUGGCCAUGUUGAGGGCCAGUGGGCUAAGAUGAAGACUGGGGCUCUGCAGGUCCUUUCUGCUUUCCCAAGAGAAGUGCGGCUGCUGGCCGAGCCUGUCAAGUCAGCCCGCAAGAGGAGGCUGGAUGCUAAAAGAGCCCAUGCUGAGAAACUUAACGGCCUGGAUAAAAAGCAGGUCACUCCUGUAAAAGUGAGGAAUGAGUCUCUUAAAGGUUUCAAACAAACCUCUGUUGAAUAUUCACCACGUUCGGAAAAGGAAACAUGGAAUCUCUGGUCCAGAAUGCAAUUUCCAGACAUAGGACGCCAAUUCUCGGACUUCUACUCUUCUAGCCCAUACAAGCCGAGAAACACAUGCGCCACACCUUCUGUAGCCUCCAACUCUGGCAUGCCCACACAUUCUUCUUCAUCUCGCUCGGACUUCUCUCAAUCCCAGCAUAAUAUUUCUGGUGGAACCACUCACAGUAAUGGUUCUCCUCCUUUUAAACAUGGUCCAGGACUGGAGGCCAUUCGGCGGAUCUCUGCAGAGCUCGCUGAGCAGAAACCAUUCAGAAACCAGCCAUGUUUGAAUGACCCCAUGAGAACAAACUCCCAUAAUGGCUCUGAUAAUUCUCCCUCUUUCAAAUCUGAGCAUGAGGAGAUGCGGUGCUUCCAGGGUGGGGCGGCUCCCAAUCUGCUCUCCCCGCCAAUGGUGGAGGGUCUUCACAGUUGUUUGAACUGCCCCCCUAGAGGUCAACCAGGCCUUGAUGACCACCCCAACCCACCCGUUACUCCAGAGGUGGUUAAAGCAGAGGAGGUGUGGUCAGACAGCGAGCACAAUUUUCUUGACAGCGAUAUUGGUGGGGUUGCGGUGGCUCCCUCUCAUGGCUCGAUCCUUAUCGAAUGUGCACGACGGGAGCUACAUGCAACCACUCCCAUCCUGCGACCCAACCGCAGGCAUCCCACUCGAAUCUCCUUGGUCUUCUACCAGCACAAGAGCCUGAAUGCACCUGGUCAUGGCCUGCAACAGUGGGAAGCCAAGAUGGCUAUAAAGGCAAGGGAGAGAGAAGAGGAGGCAGAGCGUCUGGAAGCUUUGGAAGCUAAGGAUAAAAGGUCAAAGACAAUGGAUUCCAGUACAGAGAGUGAAGAUGAGACUUAUCAGGAUGAGAGACACAAGGUUCAGGUCCCUACCCGCCAAUCACUAACAGUUACACGUGAUGGCGUCAUCAUGUCAGCCCCCUACGCCCUCACACACGUUACUGGGCCUUAUAACUGCUGGACGUGAGAUUUUCCAUGCUUUUCUAGAUAAUGCCUUACCUCAGUUAGAUCUUUUCGCACCUGUUUUUAUGCGCCGCUUGCCGUUAUGCUCAUCAUGUCAGCUCUUACGAUGAAAUGGACUACCGUUUUUAGGUUUUUAACUAUGAGAUUUGGUGUGUGUGUUUGUGUGUACAUGUUUGUGUAUUUUUUAGUUUUUUAUUGUAAAGAGAUGGUGCUCAGAACAGAUGUUAUAAAACUGGUUUUAUACAUAAAGACAAAAUUAGUGCAUAGAAGAUGUGAUUAUUUAUUCUAAUCAUUUUCAAAACUAUUUUGUAAUUUAAUUUCUGGUCCAAGCCUGUUUACUGCAAUAGGAUUCUGUCAUCCGUUAAAUGACGUGUGUAGUAAACACUCCGAAUUGACAUUGUCAAAUGUCAAUUCUAUUUUCUUGGGUGCUCUCUUGUAGUUGCUCUUUUAUGGUGCCAUUGUAGCAGUAAGGUUAAAUGACCAUUGGUCAUUACAAGAACUUUACAUUUUACAUUAGAUUGUUGGUCACAUAUUUAAAUGACAGUUAUAGCAUUUGGUUUUGUCUUUACACUAUCUGGGUAAAUUGUAUUGGUAAUGAAGAUACAUUGUUUUUGCAUUGUGAGACAUAGUUUUCAGUAAUUGGCAUCCUUUAAAAAGCACUUUGUAUCUUCAAACCGACGUGAUCUUUGAGGGUCCCAUCAUGCACGUUUGUUUUUUGUUCAUUAUCAAGUGUCUACAGUCAAAAUUGUUCGGUGUAUCUUUUUUGACAAUGUUUCAAAAUCCAAACCGGUUAUUUACCUUCACUUGUGUAAAAGAUCACAUUAUUUGAUCCAAAUUUAUGUUUUUAUUUUUUUUCUUAACUCCCAAAAAGUUUGAAACAUGACUUGAAAACAGCUUAAUCAAUUUAUACUGUACACAUAAUGACAAAUAUUUUAGCAUUCAAGCUUGUUAAAAUAUGUUCAAAUGAAUUUACUGUAUGUUUAUCACUGGUGCUUUAAAAGAAUUCCCAUGAAACCUAAAAUGUAAUUUCAUAUAUUUGUAUUGCUACGUAGAGCAUUUUUAUUUUAAAUAAAUCCCUUUUUUGGUGAGGGGGCGGUGGAGGAGAUCAAUGUCUGUACAUUUCGAUAUAAACAUAAAAGUUAUUCUAUUUGUUCAAUUAUUAUUAUUUUCAGGGGGUGCAUUGAAUGGAAAGAUCAACUUCAAAACCAUGAUACUCAAUGACUUUGUAAUUCUUAGUCAAGCUAUUGGCUCAAAUAAAAACAAAAGGUUUACAUAACUCUAAACUUAAGGUUUAAAGUGAAUUUAAGGCUAAAAAAUAUUUUUGGUGCUAAAAUGUUUACUUUAGUGUUCAAAACUAUUGUAUACCCAAAAUGCUAUUCUUAUACUUAAGCACUUAAACAACAUCUUUUAAUGUUAGUUCUGAGAAACUUAACACAUCAUCUUUGAAAACAUGUUUUGACUAUUAACGAGCACUCUAGUUGCAAAGAUAGAAAAGCUCUACAAUAUCCCAAUGUGAACCUAUGUUUUGGGGAACUUGAAAUCACAAAGUGGCGUGGGUAUAUUCUCGCUAUACUGUCUCUUCAGUUAAAUCAGUUUUUGCUGAACAAUGCAACUGUUGUUUUUGUGUUAAACUAUCAUGUGUAACAAAAGUCUUGUAUGUGGUGCUCAUACAGUACAAAGUACCAGACAAAUCGAUUUUAGGUGCUGCACUAGUUUGGAUCUUUCAUUUGUGGGGUUUCUAAUAUUUACCUAACUUAAAGCUGAAGUGUGUACAUUUUUCUAUGUUUAAAUACUUUCUCCUAUCCCAGCUUAAUAUGCAGAGACAACUAUAAACCAUUUGCAGUUUGGUUCCCCCAAAAAGAGUAAACACUGAGGCCUAUCAAAAACAUUGCUCUGUUUGUUUGAGCAUCCUGGCCAGUCCGACACAGCAACAUCUGUUGCUAUCUCUUUUUUUAACAAUGAAAGACUAGGGAAUUUUUGCUAUGGAAGUGACUCUUGUGAAGAAAUUACAAAUUUCAGCUUUAAACAUCAUCAGAUCAUGCUAUAUUGUAUUUUUUCCCCUCUUGACCUAGUGCAACACAAAUAUUACUAUGACCCUCACAGUCACCCCAUAGUAAUUCAUUGUGAUUGUAUUGUCAGUACUAUCUGUUGACUUCAAGAAAUGAAAUUGUCUAAUGGAAAUACUAAUGCAAUUUGUUUCAAAGCUCAAUUAUUUUAUAAAUUGUUUCUAAGCUAUGGUUUACUUUGAAUUAUGCAUUGAUUUUGUGUCUCCAUGUCACUGUUCAAAAGCAGCCUUUAUUUGUGUGAAUUUGAUUUAUAAUUACGCAACUUCUUAUUUAUUUGGCAUAUUAUAGGUUUGGCUCAUAUGAGAGGUCAAGAAGACUGUAAAUGGCCAUCACAGCAACAUUUUAGUUAAAAAAAAAAAAUCUGUAAUAUGAAAUAGAUACCCAAAUACAUUAUAUUCACCUGGCUAUUCACAUUAUAAAUCUGUUGCAUGUUUCUCCUCCUUUGUUGUAGUUUUUCCCCUCUUUUCUCAGGUAGUCUCUGUGCCCUCAUGUCACUUUGGAUAUACACUCACCUAAAGGAUUAUUAGGAACACCAUACUAAUACUGUGUUUGACCCCCUUUCGCCUUCAGAACUGCCUUAAUUCUACGUUGCAUUGAUUCAACAAGGUGCUGAAAGCAUUCUUUAGAAAAGUUGGCCCAUAUUGAUAGGAUAGCAUCUUGCAGUUGAUGGAGAUUUGUGGGAUGCACAUCCAGGGCACGAAGCUCCCGUUCCACCACAUCCCAAAGAUGCUCUAUUGGGUUGAGAUCUGGUGACUGUGGGGGCCAUUUUAGUACAGUGAACUCAUUGUCAUGUUCAAGAAACCAAUUUGAAAUGAUUCAAGCUUUGUGACAUGGUGCAUUAUCCUGCUGGAAGUAGCCAUCAGAGGAUGGGUACAUGGUGGCCAUAAAGGGAUGGACAUGGUCAGAAACAAUGCUCAGGUAGGCCGUGGCAUUUAAACGAUGCCCAAUUGGCACUAAGGGGCAUAAAGUGUGCCAAGAAAACAUCCCCCACACCAUUACACCACCACCACCAGCCUGCACAGUGGUAACAAGGCAUGAUGGAUCCAUGUUCUCAUUCUGUUUACGCCAAAUUCUGACUCUACCAUCUGAAUGUCUCAACAGAAAUCGAGACUCAUCAGACCAGGCAACAUUUUUCCAGUCUUCAACUGUCCAAUUUUGGUGAGCUCUUGCAAAUUGUAGCCUCUUUUUCCUAUUUGUAGUGGAGAUGAGUGGUACCAGGUGGGGUCUUCUGCUGUUGUAGCCCAUCCGCCUCAAGGUUGUGCGUGUUGUGGCUUCACAAAUGCUUUGCUGCAUACCUCGGUUGUAACGAGUGGUUAUUUCAGGCAAAGUUGCUCUUCUAUCAGCUUGAAUCAGUCGGCCCAUUCUCCUCUGACCUCUAGCAUCAACAAGGCAUUUUCGCCUACAGGACUGCCACAUACUGAAUGUUUUUCCCUUUUCACACCAUUCUUUGUAAACCCUAGAAAUGGUUGUGCGUGAAAAUCCCAGUAACUGAGCAGAUUGUGAAAUACUCAGACCGGCCCGUCUGGCACCAACAACCAUGCCACGCUCAAAAUUGCUUAAAUCACCUUUCUUUCCCAUUCUGACAUUCAGUUUGGAGUUCAGGAGAUUGUCUUGACCAGGACCACACCCCUAAAUGCAUUGAAGCAACUGCCAUGUGAUUGGUUGAUUAGAUAAUUGCAUUAAUGAGAAAUUGAACAGGUGUUCCUAAUAAUCCUUUAGGUGAGUGUAAGCUUCUAUAGGAUUCUCACAUUGUCUUCCAAUUAAAUUCUCAAAAAUGUCAAUUUACUUUUGUUUGUAUUUUGUGAAAAUGGACAGGCGGUCCCCCUUUUGUCAUCUUCAAUUAUUUUACCAGUUUGGUAAUUAUGUUCUAUAUACAGUGAAGGUCUUUACCAAUGGGUGGAAGGUAAAGUGUGUAAUUUUUUGAAUAUUGAAAUAGAAAAACCUCCUAUCCCAGCUUAAUUUGCAGAGGCAACAAUAAGUACAGGAAGCCAUUUGUAGAUUGAUUCUGGCAAAAUGUGUAAACACUGUGGCACAUUGCUCUGUUUGUUUAAGUAUCCCAACCAGCCCAAUACAGCAACAAUUACACAACCAGUGACUUGGUGGACUAUUUUAUUUUUUUUACUAAUGAAAACCAUGAAUAUUUUUUUAAUUAUAUUUUGUGGUGCAGAAAUUACACACUUCACCUUUAAGUAUGAAUGUAAGCCAUUAAAGGCAACAUUAUUUGUUGUGGUAUAAUGUAGAAUAUUGCACCUCCUCUUACUUGUAAAAUCAAUCAAGAACAUAUUAUGACUUGAAGACUUAUUCAUUCUUGAUGAAAUGUUUUGUCAAGGAAAGAAAACACCAGCUUUUGAGAUUUUUCCUUUAAAAAAAUAAAAUGCACAGUUGUAUGCUACUAAAGAGUCUGAGAUGACAUGCUUUGGCAGUGCACAUUUUCUGAAUGGUUUUUCAUUUACAUUCUUAUACUUCAUGCAUAAUUCUAGAUACUUGAAACAUUUGAAUGUCCCAUUUUGUCUCCUAAAGCAUACGUUAUGGAA